AUGCCACCAAAGACACGUUCUUCUGGUAAGGUAAUAGGCACGGUGGUGACCAAGAAAGUGAUUGAAGAAACGGUGAAAGUUGUGGUUUCACCAAACCAAACUGGUGUCGAUAACAAUAUUAGUAGUGCAAAUCUUACUAAUAUUGUUGAUCAGGGAAUUAGUAGUACUAGUAGUACUCAUGUUGAGGUGAUUUCUUCAUCAACAAAGGAGAAUGAGAAAGUUGAGGUCAUUUCCACUCCGCCUGAUUAUGUAGUAGAAACUCCACCUACUACUCCUGCUACCAAAACCAUUGUUGUUGAAGAAAGCGGAUUGAAAGGGCAAAAGAAUCACAAAGAAGAGUUGGACGAAGAAGAACUGAUGAAUGAAAAAGGCGGUGAUGUUGGAGGUCAACCCGGGAUUUCAACUCCACCAAGAGAGGAGAAAACCCUAGGAAAAGAGGGUGCAAAGAAAAGGAAAGCCACUGAAGAUGGUGGUGGGAAGAAGAGGAAGAAGAAGAGGGCAAAAGUUGGAAGUGGAGGAGUAGGGAUCACAAGCAUUGUGUACAAGAGGUAUGUUUACAGGGUGUUGAAACAAGUGCAUCCAGAUUUAGGGAUAUCUUCAAAGGCAAUGACUGUUAUUAACAACAUGAUGAAUGAUAUGUGUGAGAGGAUUGCUGAGGAGAGUUCAAGGCUUUCCAAUUACAGUGGGAAGAAGACGCUUUCUUCAUGGGAUAUUCAGGAUGCUGUGAAGUUGGUUCUUCCUGGUGAACUUGGGAAACAUGCCAUUGCUGAGGGGUCCAAAGCUGUUGGGCUUUAUGUUUCCACUGUUCUUGCACAACAGUCCAAUAAGAAGACCAAGAAGCCCAAGUCCAGUUAG